AUGGCGCCCUCACGUUCAGAAGAUGCUGUUUACAGUGGCUACUUAAUGUCGGUGGACGACUUCAAGACCUUCUUCGCUACUAUUAAGCCCUCUUUGGCUGAGAGGCCCUUCGACGAGUAUGUCAUGGGCUACGACUCCUGGAGACGGCGAUUCCCAAAGGCUGAGCGAGCUAGAGUGCCAAGGCUUCGACUGGUUCCGCUUCCUGACAUCCCCGCAUUAAGUCUACCCGACGAUGGCACUGUCGACAAAGCCUUCCUCCCCACUCGUUAUGUGCGUUACACUAGCAAGAGACAGCUACGCCGCAACGAAAAGAACAGACACCUUUGGGAGGAAAAUGAGGAGGAUCGAGCGAAGCUUGAGGAGUUUUCUCGCUUCAUUGCGUCUCUAGGUGGCAAUCUGGACGUCACAAGAGUUGCCGGCUUUGGUUGUUUGAGGGACGCGCAUCCGGAUUUUACCCCGGGUUUUUGA